AUGUCAGAAAUCAAAGAAAAGAGUUGUUACAAAUGUAAAGAAGUUGGUCAUAUCUCACGUAAUUGCCCAAAGAAUCCAGAAGCUGGUGAUCGUGCUUGUUAUGUUUGUAACGUUGUUGGUCAUUUAAGCCGUGAAUGUCCACAAAACCCACAACCAACCUUCGAAAAGAAAGACCCAAUUAAAUGUUACCAAUGUAAUGGUUUUGGUCAUUUUGCUAGAGAUUGUAGAAGAGGUAGAGAUAACAAAUGUUACAACUGUGGUGGUUUAGGUCACAUCUCCAAGGAUUGUCCAUCACCAAGCACCAGAGGUCAAGGUCGUGAUGCUGCCAAAUGUUACAAAUGUAACCAACCAGGUCACAUCGCCAAAGCUUGCCCAGAAAACCAAUCCGAAAAUUAA